GAUGUUGUCUUUGUUAGCCUGCUGUUGUCCACUAGCCGGAUUUUGCUAAGGUUUGUAGACUUGGACGCGUUAGCAGUAAAAGUAGCCCAGGUUUUCUGUGGUUCUGGUAAUAAUUUGUAAACAGGACCAGGAUAAAGGACUGGGGUUCUGGAACCAGUAAGUGGGUUUGGACCGAACCGGUCUCAGGCAGGGUUUCUCCAGUUAACCAGCCAGGAAACAUUCCUCCAUUUUUCUUCAUUUCCCUGAGUUUGUGUCGGUGGUUCUUCAUUUUUACACUUUGGAAGAGUUUUUGGAGGUUUUAUGGAUCCUGUGUGAUGGGAUGAUGAGGGGACUGUGUGGUGGAGGAGCAGAGAGGGACCACAGCCCUGGAGGCUGAGGACCUUCGUCUUCGUCCCAUCAGGAUGAAGAUCUCUUCAGUGGGUUUCAGCAAGUCCUGCUUUGUGUUCUUCCUGGGAUUCUGCUCCCUGCUCCUCCUGCUCAUCCCAGCUUUCCAGCCUCCGGCCCAGCUCCUGGACCUGCCUCAGCCCCGACCCCAGGUCAGACCUGCCCCAGUGAAGCAGGCGCACCAUGCUGAGGACCCAGAACCUGUUGGUGCUGGUGGUGCAGCUUCAGACUCUGGGCUCAAAGAAACUCAUAGAAAACAUAUUAAAACCAAAGACACGAGGCGAGACCCCAGUCCCCACAGGGAUGAAGACUUAAAAAGUUCUGAGACACUUGGUGGGUCAAGUUCACAGUCCAGGCCUCCAGACCAGUUAACACUGAAGGACAUUUUUAUUGCAGUGAAGACCACCAAGAAGUACCACAAGUCCAGACUGGAGCUGCUGAUCCAAACUUGGGUGUCCCGAGCUGAAGAGCAGACGUAUAUAUUCACUGAUGCUGAGGACAAAGAGCUGCUCCUGAGGACAGGAGCUCACAUCAUCAACACAAACUGCUCAGCUGCUCACAACCGACAGGCUUUGUGCUGCAAGAUGUCUGUGGAGUACGACAAAUUCAUUGAGUCCCAGAAGAAGUGGUUCUGCCAUGUGGAUGAUGACAACUAUGUGAUCCUGCCCAGCCUGUUGGACCUACUGUCAUCCUAUCACCACAGCCAGGACAUCUACCUGGGCCGGCCCAGUCUGAAUCACCCCAUCGAGGCUGCAGAGCGGGUCAAGAGUGACGGAUCAGUUUCUGUCAAGUUCUGGUUUGCCACAGGAGGAGCAGGUUUCUGUAUUAGCCGAGGUCUGGCUCUGAAAAUGAGUCCUUGGGCCAGUUUGGGUAACUUCAUCAGCACGGCAGAAAAGAUCCGGCUCCCAGACGACUGCACCAUCGGGUACAUCAUCGAGGCCCUGCUGGAGGUCAGGUUAACUCACUCAGACCUGUUCCACUCUCACCUGGAGAGCCUGCACAAGUUACCUGCUGACUCACUGCUCAAUCAGGUGACACUCAGUUAUGGAGGCUUUGAGAACAGAGGGAACGUGGUCAACAUUGUUAGGAGCUUUUCACUGGCUGAAGACCCCACAAGGUUUAAGAGCGUCCACUGCCAUCUGUAUCCAGACACUGAGUGGUGUCCAGAACCUGAGCCGGGACACAGAACCUGACUGAUCUGUGAGUGUCCUGCAGCACAGAGGCAGCUUCCCUCUGAACAGCUCACCUUCAGCUCUGGAAGCAAACGUAAAAUAUACCAAAAAUCAACGUUGAGUUCAGAAGAACAACCUGGUGGCUGAACAGAGAUUGAAGCUAAACGUCACAGUUCAUCCCACUGCUGCAGGUGCAACAAGUCUACGUUUUAACGUCUGUACUUGUCAUUUACCCAUAAUGCCUUGAGAGGAGAUGAGCUGACAACAUGUGAGUAACAAAGAACUAAUCUGAAUCACACCAUCACAAAGGUCAUUAAAGUUAUGUUUAGGGUUUUUAACUGGAGUGCUGUGGUAAAUUACAACUAACAAUAUCUUACCUGUUGUAGAUGGCUCCAUGACAAGUUCAGUUUGGAGAAAUCUUUUAAUUUUAACUGGACUGAUGGGCUAAUGGCCAGUCAGAGGUGGGCUGCUGUCAUCUUAAAGGUUCAUUCUCUAAAAUAUCACUUCAUAUUAAAAUCUGUUUGAUUUACAGGAUAUGGUGAUAUAAGUGUCAGCGGCAGCAGGACAAAGUGAAAUAAUAGGAACAAAUAAGCUACAGAAAGCAUUGCUGUGUGAUUUAUUUUCAUUAUUAUUGUGUAAAUUAAUAUUGUGGCUUUGCAGUUACUUUAUUUAAUGACGUGUUCAACGUGAACUGAAAUGACUGGUGGGUUUCCUCAUCAGUCCCAGCAACCAUUACAACAUGAUGGUUUAAUGUGCAGCUCAGUGAGGAGGAGAAAACAGGAACUGUUCACUGUGGAGGGAAACCUCUGAGUCAGAAAUAAACUUCAAAACAACAUUAAAUUCAGUCAUCUCACUAAGUCAAGGUUUGAUUUAAGCUCUGGUGAUGAUAAAAAA